AUGCAGUCUCACAGCAACCAGAAGGAUACACUUAGUAACUUCCCGGGAAUUCCACCCUUCCCCGAUGAUGUCCCUACAGCACCACUUCUUCGACUGUCGUCGGGAAAGCUGCUAGCAAGUGACCCGGCAGAGUAUGAACGACUGUUCCAAGCCUGCACCGACCUCGGGUUCUUUUAUCUCGACUUAUCGGACUCGCAGCAAGGCAUGUCACUUCUCGAUGACGCAGACAACCUUUUCAAAGUCGGCGAGCGGCUCUUUGAGCUGAGUCUGGAAGAGAAGAAGAAGUAUGAUUUCAGUGCGCAGAAGUCGUACUUCGGGUAUAAGGCACAGGGAGCUGCGCUAGUUGACAAGCAGGGAAACCUGGACCGAAAUGAGUUCUACAACGUUUCCAAAGAUGACAUUCUAGGCGUCAGCGAUCCUCUUCCAGCCCCGGAGCUCCUAACCCAAAGCAGAGCCGAGCUGGGCUCAUUCAUGCGGGGAUCACACGCAAUCGUAACCCUGAUACUGAACAUCCUGAAUGACCAACUUGCCCUACCGAAAGACACACUAUCCAACCUGCACCGACGACAGGCCGUAAGUGGUGAUAUGGUCCGGUUCGUCAAAGCACCCCCACAACCAGCGGACGAUAGGCGUACCGCGCUGGGCCAACACACAGACUUUGGAAGCGUCACGGUCCUCUUCAACAGACUUGGAGGACUGCAAGUGCUUCCGCCAGGCGAGGAUGCCGAAUGGCUCUACGUGAGACCGCUUCCCGGCCAUGCCAUUGUGAACCUUGGUGAUGCAAUGGUCAAGUUUACCAACGGGCUGUUUCGAUCAAAUAUCCAUCGGGUUGAGUCGCCGCCGGGACUCCAGGCGGAGUCGACGCGAUACAGUCUCGUGUAUUUUGCUAGACCGGAGGAUAGCGUGUUACUCCGUCGGUUGGAAGGGUCUGAGCAGAUUCCGGCUAUGGAGGAUGGUCAGACGGAGGAGGAGAUCAAUAGCAAGGAUUGGAUUAUUCGGCGGGCUUUGGGUCGUCGUCCGGACCUUGUGAGUGAGAUCGAUUUUGAGAAAUCUGCUGGGACGGAGCAGAUCAGUCGCAGGAUUAAGGUCUAG